AUGCAGCAAAAGUUUUUUUAUGAGAAAAUAAAAGAUGAAGCUCUUUAUAUUGCAAACAAUUAUUUAGAUGUAAAAAAACCUAUGAUAAUAACCAAAGAACGAGAAACUGAAUUUGAAAAAGAAAAUAACUGUCAUAUAUGUGAAAAAUCUUUGAUGGAUUUACCACCAAUACUAGUGAAGAAACAAAAAAUACUAAAUGAAAUUAAAGAUCUUCAAGAACUUAUGGAAAAAGUUAAAGAUCAUGAUCACUUAACAGGAAAAUAUCGAGGAGCUGCUCAUUCUAUAUGUAAUUUAAAUUAUAAGGUUCCUAGAUUUAUUCCAGUAUUUUUCCACAGUCUAUCUGGUUAUGACACACAUUUAUUCAUAAAAUAAUUAGGUAUUGAUAAAGAUAAUAUAAAAACAAUUGCAAGUAGUGAAGAAAAUUAUACAUCAUUUUCAAAAAAUAUAUAAUAUAUACAUAUAGAUCCAAUUACUAAAGACCCUGUUUUAGAUCAGAAAGGAAAACCUAUUUUUAAAACAGUUGAAAUAAGAUUUCUUGAUUCUUUCAAGUUCUUAUCUAAUUCUUUAGAAAAAUUAGCUAAUAAUUUAAAAUCAAAUCAGUUUAAAGAAUUAUCUAAACAUUACCCUGAGCAAUUGGAUUUAGUAAAAGGAAAAUUUACCUUCUAUACAUAAAUUUUACAGCUCUCUUACAGGUGAACAUGUAACACAAAAUGCAUAUGAAAAUGCUAAAAAAAUAUGGGAAACAUUCGAAAUAAAAAAUAUGAGAGACCUAACCAUACUUUAUAAUAAAAUAGAUGUAUUAUUACUUACAGAUGUAAUGGAAAAUUAUAGAGAUGUUUCAAUAAGACAUUUUAAGUUGGAUCCUGUUCAUUAUUAUACAACUCCAGGUUUUGCUUGGAAUGCUAUGCUUAGAAAAACAGGUGUAGAAUUAGAACUAAUAAGAGAUAUUGAUUUGUAUUUAAUGUUUGAAUAA